GCAGGAGCGGAUUUAAAAGAGGCCUGGGCGGGCGGAGGGAGGCUGUGGAGAGAGCCCAGAGCCGAGCGCACAGCGCAGCGCGCUGCCACAGCCCCGAAGCUCCCACCGACGGGCGCAGCGGGAGUGAGCGGAGCCGGGAGGCGCGCUCCGGGCAGAAAGAGCCGAGCACGGCAUACGGACGCGCGGGCGCCCUCCCCGAAAACCUGCUCGCGCCGCGCCUCUCGGCCAGCAUGAGGCUCCUGACCGCCGCGCUGCUCCUGCUGCUCCUGGCGCUGUGCGCCGCGCGCGUGGACGGGUCCAAAUGCAAGUGCUCCCGAAAGGGACCCAAGAUCCGCUACAGCGACGUGAAGAAGCUGGAAAUGAAGCCAAAGUACCCGCACUGCGAGGAGAAGAUGGUUAUCAUCACCACCAAGAGCAUGUCCAGGUACCGGGGUCAGGAGCACUGCCUGCACCCCAAGCUGCAGAGCACCAAGCGGUUCAUCAAAUGGUACAACGCCUGGAACGAGAAGCGCAGACAUCACUGUACAUCUGAGCUUUAUAAGCGCCUGGGAGGAACAGGGAACUUGGUUGAGACAUUUCAUAACAGCAUCGCUCCCUUCCUAGUGCCGGAAGCUUCCGCUCAGAAGUCCUGGCGCCUCGUCACAGGGGCCACGAGCUCUCCUGGGCUCACAGCCGGUCACAGCCUUGGGGGGAUUCGGCAGCGGCCCCAGUCACAGGGCAAGCCAGAGCAGAUUUCUCUGCAUCUGCUCUUUGACGAACUCAAGUUUGGCUGUCAGAGAAAUAUGCUUCAUCCCUGCGGUUAAUUUUUACACAUCCUUGGAAACAUUUCCAAGAUCCUCAGAUGGUGAAGCAGAUAGAUGGUCCUUAAGGAAGGGAUUGGGUCUUCUCUCUAAUGUGAGCAUUUGUGAAAAAUUCACCGCUUCAAUCUUUAAUGCUUUGAAAGCCCCUGAAGUUACUGUCAGUGAAAAUCUUAGGAGAAAAUUUAAAUCUAUACAAAUACAUGCACAAUAUACAACUACAGACACACGUGCUGUUGACGAGCGAGAGCCUUCAAAGCCUGUUUCUUUCCCUCUCGACAAUGGAAUAUGCAGACUAAAGCAAUCUCUCUGUGAUUCCCGACAUAACCCUUCAGUGUUAAACAGUGCAGUCUUCUUCUGGUGCAGUCCUCUUUAAGAUGACCACAUGCCCUUCCCUUUGUAAAUAUUCUCUUAGGAAGGCCAGCCCUACAUGGACCCCUUCGUUAUAUGCCGCAUUGCCCUAUGGUGUCAUAUGCUAUGUAAAUGUCAGGAACCAUUAGCAUUGCAUGCAGGUUUGAUAUUCUUUCCAAGACAAAAAGAAAAGUAAUAAAAUAUAUUUGAAAUGUACCAAAA